AUGGGUAUUCAUGGUUUAUCAAAAGUUAUUGGUGAUCACUGCCCGGGUGCGAUCAAAUCCAACGAAAUUAAGAAUUACUUUGGACGUAAAGUAGCUAUAGAUGCUUCUAUGUCUAUAUAUCAAUUCUUAAUUGCCGUAAGACAAGACGGUCAACAGUUAGCUACAGAUUCCGGAGAAACCACAAGUCAUUUGGUGGGAAUGUUUAAUCGAACUAUUCGUAUUGUGGAGAAUGGAAUUAAACCAUGUUAUGUCUUUGAUGGAAAACCACCAACAUUAAAAAGUGGAGAGUUAGCUAAACGUUUGGAGCGAAGAAAAGAAGCAAAUAAAAAUCUUGAAGAGGCAAAUGAAACCGCUGAUGUUGAUAAAUACACUCGUCGAACAGUAAGAGUCACCCCUGAACAUAAUGAUGAUUGCAAGAAACUAUUGAAACUAAUGGGAAUUCCAUAUUUAGUGGCUCCAUGUGAAGCAGAAGCUCAAUGUGCUGCUCUAGCAAAAGCGGGAAAGGUGUACGCAGCGGCAUCCGAAGAUAUGGACACGUUAACUUUUUCUUCUCCCGUAUUAUUACGUCAUCUGACUUUCAGUGAAGCCAGAAAAAUGCCAAUUGAUGAAAUACAUCUUAGUAAGGUUUUAGAAGGACUCGAUAUCAGCAUGGAUGAAUUUAUCGAUCUUUGUAUUCUUUUGGGAUGUGAUUAUUGUGAUUCUAUUAAAGGAAUUGGGCCACAACGCGCAGUAGAGCUCAUCAAAAAGUAUCAUAGUAUAGAAGAAACCUUAAAGAAUAUAGAUCAGAAAAGAUUUCCUAUUCCCGAAGAUUGGCCAUAUAAGGAAGCACGUGAAUUAUUUCACAAACCAGAUGUACAAGAUCUGGAUUCUAUAGAAGAACGUGUAAGAAAAGGUGUAGAAAAACUAUCCAAAAAUUUAAAAGGUGCUACACAAGGAAGAUUAGACAGUUUUGUCACAAUAACUGCGAAUCCAAAGGUUCCAAUUAAACGCAAGGCUGAAGAUAAGAAAGUAGAUAAAACGCCAAAAAAAGUAAAGGCGUCCAGUGGUAGUAAAAAGGGAAGACCCAAAAAAAGUUGA